GUCGACUGAAUGACGUAGUUUUCCAAGAUGGCGGCGCCCCACUCCGUCAUGAAAUUCUGGAAACCCGGGGCCGAGGCGCCGGGAGUGUGUGAGGAGAGGGAGCUGAACACCGAGCCGAGCGGCACCGCCGUCAUCUACAACCCUCACAGUGCCCUGUCUGUAGAGAAACAGAGGCAGAAGCUGCCUGUCUUUAAGCACAGGAACAACAUCCUGUACAUGGUGGAAAGCUUUCAGACCGUCGUCAUCCUGGGUGAGACCGGCUCGGGGAAGAGUACCCAGAUUCCUCAGUACCUUCUGGAGGCUGGGUGGGCUGCAGAGGGGAAGGUAAUCGGCGUGACUCAGCCUCGGAGAGUAGCUGCGACGUCGGUGGCCACUCGUGUAGCAGAAGAACGUGGAGCGUUUUUGGGGCAUGAGGUGGGAUAUACCAUCCGCUUUGACGACUGUUCUGAUCCUCACUCCACCCGUAUAAAGUUCCUGACAGAUGGGAUGUUGGUCAGGGAGAUGAUGGCUGACCCACUGCUGAAAAAGUACAGUGUUCUAAUGUUGGAUGAGGCCCAUGAGAGGACUCUCUACACCGACAUCGCCAUCGGCCUCCUCAAGAAGAUUCAGAGGAAGAGGAGAGACCUGAGACUUAUCGUUGCAUCUGCUACACUGGAUGCCAAGAAAUUUCAUGACUUCUUCAACCUGAAUGAAUCGGGAGACCCGAGCAAGGACACGUGUGGGAUCCUGAGCGUCGAGGGCCGCACUUUCCCCGUGGAUGUUUUCUACACAGUCAGUCCAGUUCCAGAUUACGUAAAGGCCACCGUGGAAACCGUGCUAAAGAUUCAUGAAGCCGAGGAAGACGGAGACGUGCUAGCGUUCCUCACUGGACAGGAGGAGGUGGAGAAGGUGGUGUCCAUGCUGCAGGAUCAGGCUCGCUCUCUGUCUCGUCACGGCAUGAAGAAACACCUGCGUGUCCUGCCCAUGUACGCAGGCCUGCCCUACUCUGAGCAGAUGAAGGUGUUCGAGAGGCUGCCACCUACUGUCCGAAAGGUCGUGGUCGCUACAAACAUCGCUGAGACGUCCAUCACCAUCAACGGCAUCGUGUUUGUGAUCGACUGUGCGUUCGUCAAGCUGCGAUGCUACAACCCACUCACGGCCAUCGAGUCUCUGGUGGUGACGCCCAUCUCCAAAGCCUCAGCGUCUCAGAGAGCUGGAAGAGGAGGACGCAACCGGCCCGGGAAAUGUUUCCGUCUUUACACGGAGGAAGACUUUGAGAAGCUUCCGGAGAGCACCGUGCCCGAGAUGCAGCGCAGUAAUCUGGCUCCGGUCAUCCUCCAGCUCAAAGCACUGGGCAUCGAUAAUGUUCUGCGCUUUAGCUUCCUGUCUCCGCCCCCCGCUCAGACCAUGGUGCAGGCGUUGGAGCUGCUCUUUGCUCUCGGUGGUCUGGAUCAGUACGGGCGUCUGACGGAGCCGGUGGGGGUCCGCAUGGCCGAGUUCCCCCUCAGCCCCAUGUUCGCUAAGAUGCUCCUCGAAUCGGGAAACUUUGGCUGCUCCAAGGAAAUCAUCACCAUCGCUGCUAUGAUGCAGAUCCAGAACGUGUUCGUGGUGCCGUCCAAUCAGAAGAAGGCAGCCGCGCGCGAGCACAGGAAGUUCGCCGUGGCUGAAGGCGAUCAUCUGACCAUGCUGAACAUUUACGAGGCGUUUGUGAAGCAUCAGAAGAGUUCUCAGUGGUGUCAGGAGCACUUCCUGAACUAUAAGGGUCUACUGCGAGCCAUGACGGUCCGAGAGCAGCUCCGACGCCUGCUGAACAAGUUCAAAGUUCCUCGAACCUCCAGUGAAGGAGACCCCGAUGUCAUCCUGAGGUGCAUCGUGUCAGGAUUCUUUGCUAACGCGGCUCGCUUGCAUCACUCCGGAUCCUACAGGACUUUACGGGACGACCGGGAGCUUCACAUUCAUCCCAACUCUGUGCUUUAUGGGGAGAAACCUCCGAAAUGGGUGGUCUUUAACGAGGUGGUUCAGACGUCCAGGUACUACAUGCGAGACGUGACUGCGGUGGAAUCGUCCUGGCUGGUGGAACUGGCACCUCAUUUUUAUAAACAGGCCACGCACGGCUCUCUGGGAAGCAAGCGGUCCAAAGUCUUCUGACCUCGUCAUCCAUUGUGACUGGCUGCUGAACUAUUGAUCCUAAAGUACUUGAGACACACACACACACACACACACACACAUCGUAAGGCAGCAGAACUGAGACGAAACUUCAGCUUUGUAUAUACGUGUACGAUAUAUAUUUAUUUCCUCCUGUUCAAAUUAAUUUGUCCACCAGCACAUGAACACGAAAUUGUCUUGAGGUCAAAAGGUUGUUCAUGGGGCUUCCUUUUUUAUUAUUAUUGUUAUUAUUAUUUGUACUUUUUUUAAGUACCUCGUGCAUGGCCUAACUAGGGAAGUGAAAUAUCCUUUUUUCCCGGAUUUUUUUUUUUUUUUUUACACGCCGGAAAUCUUUUAUUUUAUUUCUCCAUAACAAUACUGUGUAGCUGAGAUUUAGUGGCCUUUUCCUCACCAUUAUGUGCCAAAUAUUCAACCUAUUUUAUAAUAUGAAAUAACCUUGCCAUUUUUACACCAGUGCCUAAAAAUGUGCUUCUUUUUAUGUUCACAGAAAUCCUGGAAAUUUUUUUUUUCAAUUCUUACACGACAUUCCAUGCUGAUUUUCUGAAAUUGAUCAGAAAAUCGUAUUUCUUUUUUCCCUCCGUGAAUGAGCCGGUCAUGCUUAUAAACAAUACGUUAUUGCCCCAGGGUGUGUUUAAAAAAACCCAUCAUAAAAUAAAAUAACAAAUAUUUUUGAAAGAGAGCACAAACAGAAACGGUCGAGCUUUAGACAUCAACCUGCGUCGAUUACAGGUUACUCUUCAAGCUUAAUUCUAAACAUCUGCAUGAUAAUAAUAAUUAUAAUAAGGACAAUUAGCCGACUUUAUAACCGUGCAUAGUCGAGCUGUAGCUGCUGCUCAAGUCACCGUGGUAUAAUUCCAGCAGUAUUAUCUCCAAAAUACACUUCCUGCAUGUUUUCCUUUUAGAACACUGUGAAAAUCGUACGUAGUGUGUAACACACACACACACACACACACACACACAGUUAAUCUCAGCAAUAAUCUUUAUUCCUAAAAUGCAGUGUGGUUCCUCCUCCAUGAAACCUCCACAUCUCCUUUCAUCUCAGUCUUCUGUAUGAAUGUCGGCCUCAAAUAAAUGGGAUUCUUCACACACA